GCAGCAGAUGAAGAAUACUUAACAACCUUUGAGAUUAAUCAGUAUAAUGGAGUCAUUACUCUGACUCGAACACUUGAUUAUGAGAAGCACAGUUACUACCAGUUCAAAGUCAUGGCAGAGGACACAGGUGGUUUGAAGGCAGAUCCUGCUGGCUUUGUUGUGUAUGUUUUUGAUGUUCAGGACAGUCCACCAAAUUUUAUCAACCUACCAUACAGCAUACAAAUUGAUGAGGAUGUUUUAGUGGGUACUUUAAUACAAAAAGUAGUGGCUGUUGAUGGUGACAGAGGGAUUCCCAAUAAUAUCACCUACACCUUUGAAACAGGAGACUAUGAGAAUUUCCAGCUUGAUCCCAAAACUGGACAGAUAACAGUCAAAAAACCACUGGACCGUGACUCUGUGAACAUGAGGAACACAGGCGGUGUCUAUGCCAUGAAUGUGAAGGCAGCUGAAGUUGUACCUCCAGGACAGGAGAAUUACGGGGAAACAACUGCGACCACCCUCGUCACAAUAACAGUUCGAGAUGUCAAUGACAAUGGACCAACUUUCAAUCAACGAAAUUACUCAGCCACAAUUUUAGAAAACAUGCAGCAUAAUGUGCCUGUUUCCUUUCAAGGAAGCAUGAUGGUGGUUUCAGACAUUGAUCAGGGCACCAACAGCCAUUUCUCUCUUAGUUUUCAAAAGGAUGGUCAGCCAUACUAUGAUUUUUCACCACUUCCACAAGAAAUUUAUUCGGAGUCGUCUGUCCUGAUAAGGGUGAACAACUCUAAUACCUUGGAUUAUGAGAAAAGUCACAGAGUUGUCUUUGAGGUUGUGGCUAGAGAGUUAGACACUACAGAAAAGAGAUCAAGCACUGCAACUGUUACUAUAGACACUGAAGACAUGAAUGAUAAUGCUCCUGUUUUUGAAAAGACAGAUUACACCUUGACAGUGAAAGAAAACACAUCCAUUGGGAUGUCUGUAGCUCAGUUCAAUGCAUCUGAUGCAGACUCUGGUACUUAUGGAAAAAUUACUUAUUCACUCCGUGGCGGUAAUGGGAAAUUUGCAAUUGACCAAACUACUGGUGUCCUUCGAGUAACAGAUAAUAUCGACAGAGAGCAAAAUGAAGAGUUCUACUUAACAGUAGAGGCAAAAGAUGGAGGUGGCCUUCGAACUCCUGCAGAAGUUACUGUGACAGUUUUAGAUGAGAAUGACAACAAACCAGUGUUUAGAAGAAAUGAUUAUGAAGGAAUUGUUAAAGAAAAGGCUGCCACUUUUCAGAGACCUUUGAGAGUAGAGGCCUUUGAUAGUGAUGAGGCCAACACAAACAACAGUAAAGUCUCAUACAGACUUGCGGCUACACCCCCUGGCCUAGCCACCAACUUUAGCAUUAAUGCCUCCACUGGAGAAAUUAUGCUAACUCAUCCUCUUGACUAUGAGAAGCUGAACUCAACACUGAAUGGGCUAGUAACUUUAACAGUGGAGGCUUAUGAUGCGGGCUCUCCAAGAAUGUUUUCUCAAGUGUUAGUGAAUAUCACGGUUGAAGAUAUCAACGAUUUUGCCCCAGUAUUUUCUCAGUCAGAAUACUCCUCAAGUAUACCUGAAAACUCACAAGAAGUCAGCGCAGUUGACUAUGAUGGCACUAACCCGAAUAAUGACCUUAUCUAUCGCAUUGAAAGUGGGGCACUGGACAAGUUUAGGAUCAACUUUAAGACAGGAGAAGUACAAGUUGACAAAGGGGCAGAACUAGACAGAGAAACGAGGGCUGAGUAUGUACUGACUAUUUCAGCUAUAGACAGAGGCACACCCUCUCUGUCAAGUACAUGCACAUUAAAGAAAUAUUUUGGCAUAAAUUCCAACACUGGUGAAGUGUUUGUGCUAAAUAACUUGGAUCGAGAAACUGCAGUUCGAGUCAUUCUUGAGAUUAUAGUGCAUGAUAAAAGGGCAACUGUUGGUGACCAGACUGCCAAAGGAACGUUGUCUGUCAGGAUUCUGGACUACAAUGAUAAUGCACCAGUUUUUCUUCCGUCAUCAACAUACAAGGUGAAUGUGUCAGAAGCAGACAGUGCUCAGUCCAUCUUGCUACAAGUGUCAGCCAUUGAUGUAGAUGAAGGCCAGACUGUCAGUUACAGCAUUGGAAAUGGCACCGUCAAUUCGUUUGCUAUAAGCAGUGAUGGCACAAUUCAUUUAAUUUCAAUGCUUGACCGAGAGACUCAUGAACGAGUAGAGUUUCAAGUGAUUGCCAAAGACAACGGCGUCCCUCCACUGGUGUCCACAGCAACAGUCAGUGUCCUUGUCCUUGAUGCCAAUGACAACCAGCCGGUUUUCAGCCCGUAUAACAUCACAUUCAAGACUUCUGAAGACGCCAUUGUUGGAUCUGUGGUUACAACAUUCAUUGCAGCAGAUAAGGACAGUGGUGAUUUUGGAAAAGUAUUUUACAAGCUGGCAGGCCCAGACAGUGCUGAGGGAAGCUUUGUUAUUGGCGAAGACUCAGGCAAGCUCACUGUUGCUAAACAACUGGACAGAGAAACAAAAGCCGAGUACAGGUUUGAAAUUGUGGUCACAGUGGUCAUAGCUGAUGUGGAUGACAACCCUCCUAUCUUCACCAGUGUAGUUCCACAGGAACCUGCUGUCCCUGAAUCACUGACUCUCAAUCAGACUGUUGCAACUGUUGCAGCCGAGGAUGCCGAUGACAAGAACACUGACAGUGGUCUUGUUCUUUACUAUUUGACAAGUGAAACAAAUGCUACUAGGAAGGACAACUCAACACUCUUCAAAGUUGACUCCAAAACUGGUGAGAUUAAGGUGGCUUCCUUACUGAAAGGCUACUCGGGGAUCUUUUAUGUCACUGUGAUGGCCACAAAUAAGUUACAGAAUUUUCGACCAACCAAGCGGAUUGUCAUUAAGAUCUUAGAUGUCAAUGAUUACCAUCCAAAGUUUGUCAAGCCAAAUAUGGAUGGUUCUUUGGCUUAUGUUUUAGAGAAUUCAGAGAAGGGAACUUCUGUGUUCACAUUAGAAGCUGUUGAUGAAGACACUGGACCAAAUGGAGAAAUACAUUAUUCUAUCAUUCCAAAUUCAAAUAACAAGAAAGAUGGGUCUAAUACUUUUGAAGUAGAUGCACUAUCAGGCUUGAUAACUACUAAAGGAGAUUUAAAUGCUGAAGUAUUAGACAGAUAUGAGCUAACCAUUCAGGCUACAGAUCAAGGGUACCCAGACCCUUUCAGCACCUCAGUGACCUUGUUCAUUGUAGUUCUUGACAAGAAUGACCACAAGCCAGAAUUCAGUGGCUACUCUGCACCUUAUUUCAUCAACAUGGUGGAGAACAAGGCUGUCUGUGCAAAUGUCAGCCUGGCCAUUGACAGAGAUUUGAACACAACAUAUACGUCUAUCUGCUACUAUUUAAUCGGUUCUUCGUUGAUGGAUACUUUCAUGUUAAACACACAGACAGGCAUGCUGUGUCUCAACAAAACACUGGACAGGGAGACAACACCCAUGGCAGACAUUGUGAUACAAGCUCUUGAAGAUUGUUACAGGUCUGACAUCAAAACUGACAAAAUACAUCCCCUAGAACCUGGCGAGCUUUAUCCACCCAUGUACCAGCCUUCUAAUACAGACAAACUCUGGAUUGAAAUACAGUUUCACAGCAAAGAUCUGGCUCUGGGAGUCACACGUGUCACUCAGUAUGGCAAAUUUAUUUUGGAUUUGAAUGAAAAUGUGGCAGACCCAGAUUCACCCAGAUGGGGGGUGGAUUAUUUUAUAGCAACCUCAAACUUCACCGCUAACCCUGAGGCACUCAAGCAAGAAAUUGAAGGUCUGGGCAUUGUAGAGCCAUUCAAGCUGUUCAGAAAUGGAUCCGUGAAAACUAACAUGUACUUUCAGCCUCAGAUGUCUGGCUCCUUCCUUGUGGAUCUAAAAGUUUUUGACAAAGGUGGUCUUUGGGAUUCAGCUAAACUCAGGAUUUCACUUAUCAGUGAUGACCAGAGAUUGAUAAUUGUGUUCAGAAGAAAAAUUGACAACGUGGCUCCAGUCAAGGAUGAUGUAGCUAGUCAUAUCGGAUCAAAAGUUGGCUGCCGUAUUGUUGUGGAUUCCAUCCAGACUCAUGAGUCAGAAACAGGUCAAGCUGAACUGGGAAAAACUGACAUGUUUAUACACGGAGAGGACAUUUCAACAAAUGAAGUCAUCCCAGCAGAAAAGUUACUCAGUAUGAUUGAUCAGAAGAGCACAUUACUUAUGGAUCUCCUUAAUAACUACAACAUAUUGCAGAUUGUAUUAUCCAGGAGAGAUAAAACAGCCAAUGAGCUUCAAGAAAGGCUAAAGAUGGCUCUCAUUCUGGUCUCUGUGAUUCUAGGUGCAAUAUGCAUCAUCUUGUCUGUGGUGCUUUGUUAUAUCUACACAAG